AUGAAGACUUCACACCAAGUUCCCAUGCUUAUGGUUCCUAAUAGAAAACGACAUACUUGGGAUAUGUAUGAUCCAAUGACUAAUAAGUUCAAAGAAAUAUCUAAAUUACAUAUACCUUAUGAUAAGCGUUUUGGAGGAUCAUCACAAGGAUGGCUAGUAACUGUGAAUCGUGAUUUCACGGUUACACUAUACAAGCCUUACUCUACAGAUCAUGAUAGUGCAAUCAUCAAUCUUCCGUGUUUGUUUCCUCCAGAAGUUGAAGAUGGGGAUCUUGAAGGAUUGGAAGAUAUGAGAGAAUAUUGUGAUCAACAUAUUUACAAAGCAACAAUCACUGCAGAUCCAUUAAUAAAUCCAAAUGAUUAUAUGGUUGUGGUCAUUUAUUUACAUUAUUGGAAAAUAGCCAUUAUAAGUCCCGGGAGAGAUAAUAUUUGGAGAAAAAUUGAUCCAGAUGAAGAAAUAUUUAGUGAUAUAUUGUUCAAUAGCAAUAAGUUUUAUUUUCUUAAUCAUAAUCAUGACACUCUUUCAUCUUAUGAUAGUCGUGAGCCAUACUGUGGUACAAAAGUAACUUGGAAUAAUUCUGACAAUUGGUUUGGUAUCAAGUCUUAUAUUGUGAAGUCAUUUGAGGGAGAUAUUUUACAAGUGUUAAGACGUUGUGAAUGGGAAGAUAGUUUGACAAUACGACGUACUACAAAAGUAAAUAUUUUUAAAUUGGAUUUUGUUGAUGGAGGAGUAAAAAGGGUUAUAGUUAAAAGUCUAGGAGAUGCUGCUCUCUUUCUAGGAGAUAACUCUUCAAUAUAUGUGCGUGCAUCAAACUUUCUUGGAUGUAAAUCAAAUUGCAUCUAUUUCAGUCAUGACACUGAUUUAAUCUCAUACGGUCCUCAGGGAGUUCCUUGUGAUUGUGGCAUCUACAAUCUCGGAGAUAACAGCUAUAAAAAAUUUACAUUAUUAUUAGAUGAUGAAGAUUCAACAAUAAUUUCAAAAAUGGAGGCCCAACCACCCAUAUGGAUUCAACCUACCUUGAAUUUAUGA